UGGGAGUCACCAUGCAGAGAUGUUAGCUUGGCUAGCAUCUUCCUGACGCCCUUACUUAAAAGUCAGAUUGAAUCCAGCCCAAUGGGGCAUCAAAUGUUUGGAGCAUGGGAGGUGACCACGGCCAUGGCAAGCUGUCAAUGCCAGACUGGCGGCAGUGGAAGGUUGAGGGAACACCACUGGAGUUCACACAGAAGAGGCUGGCAGCCAGGGGCCUCAAGGACCCAUGGGCACGUAACGAGGCAUGGAGGUUCUCGGGCGGCUUCAGUCAUCCUGUGACUCUGGGGAAUGUGCUGCUGAGAGGAUUCAAGUGGGGUUUUGCUGCCUUUACUGUUGCACUGGUUGUAGAGUACACCCUGUUCCCACCAAAGAAAGGGGGCCACUAAUAUUCAUCACUGUCAGGUCCAAACUUCAUCUAAUGGAAUCUAAUAAUAAUCUGUAGUUUCUGUUUAUUAAAUGUCUUUUUGAUCACCAUA